AUGGAUUCAAGCAAUUCUCAGGAUGAUUCAUAUUAAAAAGAUUCACUGCUUGAUUUGAUUUUAAAACAAAAAAAACCUGCAGGUUAUGAGAAGGAAAAAAUAUCAAUAGAUUUCUCUAAUUCUAUAAUGAGCUUAGGUAUGUUCAAGAAACCGAAACAAAUUUAUAUCCAAAACACUCAUCACACAAAAGAAAUUCAUAUUUCAAUGAUCAAAGAUUAGAGAUCAAUCAGUCUUUUAAGUAAAAUAGAUAUCUUGAAAUAAGGGAAAAUUCAAAGGAUAAUGUCGUACAGUAGACAAAUAUUUGGUGAGGACUAAUAAAUUGAAGCAAGAGUGCAAAGAGUGAUCAAUACAGUCAGAAGGAAGAGUUGUCUUUGUUCUAAUUGUGGCCAAUAAAGUGAGUUUGAGAAACGGUCGAAUACAUUUUAAGUAAGACCCCAGCAUCAAAUCAAUUCGGAAUUGAGAAUAAUGAAAUACAACACAAGAAAUUAAAUCAAGCAGCAAUCUUUAAUUAGAAUGCAUAAAAUAAAAUAAUUAUAAAGCAAAAAAUAUCAUAUAUCAAGUUUGUCAACCCAAAUGGAGAAUCAGUUUCAAUACAAUCAAACUCCAGUUUUAGUAGAACCUCCCUUGGUUGAUCUAAAGCUAGAUUUCAGAAAGAGAAUAACUCCCAAACCAGUUGUACUAAAGUAAUAUCUUCCUACACAGAAAAAUUAUUUUGUAAAUCAGUAUCAUAUAACUACAAGAGUUAAAGCAAAUAUUACUCCUAUUUAAAAAACUCUACCAUCACUUUAAUCCAUUACUCAAAGCAGGAAACAUCUUUUUCAAAGUAAAUUCAUUUGA